AUGACCUCCCCCACGGACCUCACAGAAGACAUGACGAUCUCGUCCCCCCUUACACAACAAGAAGCCCAACCAUCAUUCCACCGCUUCAUAGAACUCCCCAACGAGAUCCGAGCCAAAGUCUGGAAAUACUGUUUACCCGAACCACGAAUCGUGCACAUGUCAUCAAAGCACACACGGGCACAGCUGUAUUUCUUUCUGCAGCGCCCCGAAACAUGGAUACAGAGACGUCUCGAAUUUUCCUUUUACGAAAAUGGGAAUGACCUAUACCGAGGCGACCAGACACAGCCCGAGAAAUCUCCUCUUCGACAUGUCUGUCAGGAAUCUCGCAAAACCUGGCAGGAUAGCUAUAGCAUACCCGAGAUCCAAUUGUCGCAUCAAAUGAGAGUCAAGUUGGAUGUGCAGCCGCAGGUUUUUAGUCGCUGCAGAAAUGGUGAAUGUAUAUCGCUCCGGGCUCGUUAUCCCGCUCCAGCCCAUAUGAUACCACACAGUCACAAAUAUUAUCAGAUGUCGGAUGGGAGGUUAUUCUACCUUAUUGUUCGUGGUCUUAUUGAUAUGAAGCGCGAUACUUUGAUCAUGGAUCCCGUACUUUUUUCCUUGCUCAAUGGGGAUUUGGGAUUAGAUCUUAACAUCUCAAAACUAAGGUCCAUAGCAUAUACUUCCAGCAUUGAGCAUCGUCCAGCGUGGAAGCCACCGAGAGAUGAUGGAAGGUAUCAGAUAAUCGAGGACUUUCAACUCUUUUUAUCUGAACUACACGAUGGCUUUCAUGUGAAAGAUCCCGAUAUUAACGAGAAUCUUGUCGUGGAACAAGCGAACGAUGCAAGGGAUGCUCUCGUGAGUAUUGAGAAAGUGGAAGAUAUGCCUAUAGAGAAGAAGUAUAUCGCAAGCAGAGAUAUGUGGAACUUCAUUACCAAGUGCUGCCCACAAAUCUCCAGUAUUCAAUACAUCCUUCUUGGGGAAAGAAACACUGCCAUCUACUCAAAUAUGGGAGAUAGGGAAAUCUUCGGUUGGGGUAAUCUACAUUGGCUAAAGUAUCAAUGGGAAAUCCACGAGCAUCAUCUCUUGCCACUCUAUCCUUCCGUCCGGAAGAUUAUCAUGAGCCCGGAGAACACACCAAUACACAGUCAGGGCUGGGGGAUUGAAGCCAAAUCCGGGUUGCCGAUUGUUGGAAUUCAACAUCAUUUUAGCACUAAAUUUAACCACGGGGUGCAAUUGGAAAAGGAUUUUCAAGAUUACUUGAAGCAAUAUGAGCGCUCUGGUAAUCGUAAAUUCUGGCACGACUUAAAAUUUCAAGUUUGUGCUUUAGGAGAUGCUGUGUAUCUAGGUGAUUUCUAUCAAAUUGCCCAAGACCAUGAUCAUGCAGACACGGACAUGGAUGGAAAAAUUGUCGACGUAGAACCCGAAGGUGAAAUACCAUUUGAGUUUACCAGUGGUUAUGUCUCACCAUCUUCUUCGUCUUCGUCUCUACCUUCCAAUCCAGAAGAAUGCGAGUCUGAAAACUCCAUUCCUCAAAAUAAGGGACAGAUAGUCAAAGCUCCAACGAGAGGAGUUGAGAGAAGUUUUCUUUGUCUGGAAAUGGGUAUUUAUAUCCACUGGGAUCCCAGGGGAGCACCCGUUCAAGUCACUCGAAGAGUACGACAGUGA